UUUUUGGCAGUCCAAUCUUUAGGUAUUUUGUCGCUCAACUGAAUGGGAGAGUGACAAAAGAGAUGAGGAUAGUGAAAAAAGUGAAACAGAAUAAAUAUAACACAGGAAGCCCGUUUCAUAGCCACAGGUAUCCCAGACAAUAAACUUUAUCCAAGAUGGCGGACGAGAAUGAAGCAAUCGACGUUGAAAAGCGAUCUGUGAUUUUGGACCGUUGUAGUCGAUUUUUAAACAGGCGUACUUUGCUCAUAAUUUGCUUCGGCCAGCUGAUGUCAUUAUGUCUGUGCGGCACCUCCGUCUUCAGUCAACUCCUUGCAUCGACAAAUGGCAUAGAAACCCCUACCUCACAGAGCUUCCUAAACUACAUUCUCCUUAUGUUUGCCUUCACUUCACAGCUUGUCUACGACUGGAGGCACUUUGUUUGUGUGUUAAAGGAGAGAGGCUGGAAGUACUUUUUACUUGCGCUGACUGAUGUGGAAGCAAAUUUUCUAGUUGUGAAAGCUUACCAGUAUACAAACCUCACUAGUAUUCAGGUCCUGGACUGCUUUGCUCUUGUCACUGUUCUCGCGUUAUCCUUUAUAUUCCUCAAAGUGAGAUACAAGUGGAUUCAUUAUGGAGGCAUUGGAGUCUGUCUUGUCGGCAUUGCAUGUAUGGUGACAGCUGAUUACUUUGGUUCCAGGAAUUACGGGCCAGGAACAAACCAGGUUAUAGGUGACAUACUUGUGCUCUCUGGCAGUGUGUUAUACGGUGUGUCUAACGUUGCACAAGAAUUUGUUGUCAAGAAAUUCAGCAAGAUAGAAUUUCUUGGUAUGCUUGGACUGUUUGGCAGUGUGAUAUCAGGCAUACAAGUUGCUAUUUUGGAGAGGCACGCCCUGGAAGGUGUAACCUGGAGUUAUGAUGUUGUGUUGUAUUUCCUCGGUUUUGCGGUUGUCCUGUUUUUAUUCUAUGCCCUCAUUCCUAACCUCAUGAAGAUGAGCAGUGCGGCGAUGGUCAACUUAUCCAUCCUCACCGCCGACUUCUACACGCUGCUCUUUGGCCUCUUUCUCUUCAAGGAUAAGUUCUCAGCGUUGUACUUUGUGGCGUUCGUGUUAACGUUCUCGGGUGUCGUGAUCUACAACACCAAGCCUGAGCCGAGAAUACCGCGGGCUCAACCAGAGGAUCAGUACGCGGGGAUCACUCAGGGCUCACCUGACCUGCAGUUGCACUCGUGCUGUCAGCGCGCGGAGACUCACGGGAACGAUGAGGAAAAGCCAAUCAUCGGAACAUAGCAACAUAGCAACAUUCAUUAGGUCGAAUCUGUAAUUUAGGUGUAGAUCUAGCCUCCUCUGCAGACGUCUCGAGUGUUUUGGGCCUAGAAAAAGGGCUUUUUUUCGGGCUUCCUGUGGCACGAACAAGCAAGAGCGCGGGCCUCCCCCUCCUCUCUUCCGACUUUCGGUUCCGGAUAAACUAGCCCUCAGUCUACUCGCUUGUAUGGAUAAUACCACAGGAAGCCCAAUUCACAAAAAUACUGAAAAAGUCCAGAAAAACUUAGUACGCAGCUGCUUUGUCUCCUAUUAUCUGUGUUCUACAAAGGAGUUCUUUUGUCUCUAUUCUUCUCGUUCUUUGUGUCGAGGUGCGGAUAUUGUUCAUUUGCCUAAUCAAAUUGCAGCUUGUAAGAGCUGCGUACUGACCCGAAAAACUUGAGAUGCCUGCGGAGAACGGUAGAACAUCCGAAUAUUGAGAUAUAGUCACACACGAGAAAUGAAUUGUAUGCUCCACAGCGCGCGGAGAGUUUCGGGAGCGAGGUGGUCAAUCAUCAAACGUAGCACAUACGGGCUAUUAGGCACAUCCGGGCAUUGGGCUCUGCCUAUGUACGUAUUUAAGAGCCAUCCGAGACAAAGUGGGGAAUCCUAGAAUAUUUAUCUUAUACAUACGGGGCAUUGGCGACAUUCUAUUGGUGCGCGAAGACGCAUGGGAGUGAGGAAGGGUCAAAUUUCAUGGACCACAUGACAAAGUAAGACAAUCAUCACUUAGUCUUAAAAUAGGCUUCAAGGCUUCUCUAAAUCGCCCACGGUGGCUUCCUAUAGUUUGACACACCUUUCCAAUAUAAUCCAGCAGACUUUUAUCAUGCUUUAUAAUCAGUAAAGCAUUAGUAAUUAGUAAUUAAUUUAUUGGUCUCAGCUAAAAUUUGCUGAAACACUCCCAGACUAUUUGUAGAACUAUAUACUUACUUUUGUCAAAAAUUACGAUUUUUCACAAUGCGAACCGAUAAAACUAAUAUAUACAUGAUGGGUUGAUAAAAAAAUUAGUGUCGUUUCAAUAGGGACACUCCUGGCUACUUUUGAGCUGAAUUUA